GUUUCCCCCUUCCUCUAGUAAACGGGCGAGACGAAGGGUAUUUCCGGUGUUAACGACUAUCUUUACGGAAGAGGUGGGGUUAAUCCUGUCCCGCCCUUCCUGGCCGGCGGGGCGAAGACUGACAGUCUUCGGCAAGCGCUAAGGCCCGCCCCUGCACCGGAAGGAGGAAGGCGGGGGAGUCGAACAGGCGUCAGGCGCGGUGUCACGUGUCGCAACUGCUGGUGGAGAGAAGAAAAGGGCGGGACCCCGGACGGAGGGGUGGGGUGCCCUCCCUUCCCUUGGGUCACGCGCGGCAGGAAGUGGUUCCCGAAACGGAGUAUUUGAGAUGGGGACCGCCCUGGACAUUAAGGUUAAAAGAGCGAACAAGGUUUAUCACGCCGGGGAAAUGCUCUCCGGGGUGGUGGUCGUAUCUGGGAAGGAUUCGGUCCAGCACCAGGGAGUCUCCUUGACAGUGGAAGGAACCGUGAACCUCCAACUCAGUGCCAAGAGUGUGGGUGUGUUCGAAGCAUUCUAUAAUUCUGUUAAGCCCAUCCAGAUUAUCAACAGCACCAUCGAAAUGGUGAAACCAGGUAAAUUUCCCAGUGGCAGAACAGAAAUUCCUUUCGAAUUUCCUCUGCACGUGAAGGGUAACAGAGUCCUGUAUGAGACUUACCACGGCGUGUUUGUCAACAUCCAGUAUACCCUGCGCUGUGACAUGAGGCGGUCCCUGCUGGCCAAGGACUUGACCAAGACCUGUGAAUUCAUCGUCCACUCUGCUCCUCAGAAGCGGAAACUGACUCCGAGUCCCGUGGCCUUCACUGUCACGCCUGAAACCUUACAGAAUGUCAAAGAGAGAGCCCUGCUCCCCAAAUUUCUCAUCAGAGGACAUCUCAACUCGACCAACUGUGUUAUCACACAGCCACUAACGGGAGAGCUGGUGGUGGAGAGCUCGGAGGCCGCCAUCAAAAGCAUCGAGCUGCAGCUGGUGCGCGUGGAGACCUGCGGCUGUGCAGAAGGGUACGCCCGCGAUGCCACAGAGAUUCAGAACAUUCAGAUCGCCGACGGGGACGUGUGUCGGGGCCUCUCUGUCCCCAUAUACAUGGUCUUUCCCCGGCUCUUCACCUGCCCGACACUGGAGACCACCAACUUCAAAGUGGGGAGACAGCGUGGGCUGGGUAGGUGACCACGAGCUCUGUGAAGGACACUAACUCAGCCAGGGAGCAGCCAGCCGGGCGCAUGAGGAGGUCAGGUCGGCUCCCUGAUGGGCUGGCAUUUGACGGAGACGCGAGACCUGAGACAGCCCAGUGUGAACGGUAAUCUUCCCGAGGGCUUUAGCUCCAGCAGCCGAGGGUGUGUCGGUCUUCUCCAUGAAUGCGUGGGUAGAUAUUUUGACCACAAGAUCUGAAUCACAUGACAGAUGCAGUUUUCUAUCCUGCUUUUCCUCCCUUCACUUUGUAUUAUGAACCUUUCCAUGGUUUUAAGUGUUUCUAUAAAGUAUUUUGAUGGUGCAUUCAUCCUAAUAAAAUGUUCAUGCUUACGAAGUUCAGUGGAGAGCUUACUCCCCACCACAGAGACACAGCAGGAUGGACCCUCGGGCCUCUGCCCUGGCUGACACGACCUUCUGCAGACUGACCAAAAGACCACAGAAGUGUCCCCGGGCUCUGUGUCAUGUGCAGGCUCACUGGUGAAUAGAUAGAAUUAGGAGCUUUUGGUAAAUGGUUGUUUUUAUACCCAUUUCAUUGAGAAAUGGGAGCACAGUCCCUAAGGCCAGUGUGUUUUCUUAAUGUCCUAUUCCCCCUAAAUCUUCUAACAUACAUUAUUACUAGUCCAGAGACAAUCUCUCUUUUUUUUUAAUUAGACUGUGAUUUUACUUUAAAUAAUUACAAAUAAUGUAAUUUAAAAUUGAAGAAAGUAGAGAGAACUCCCUGCCGGUCCAGUGGUUAGGACUUGGCGCUUUCACUGCCGUGGCCCAGGUUCAGUGUCUGGUCUGGGAACUAAGAUUCCGCGAACUGCAUGGUACAGCCAAAAAAAAAAAAUUUGAAGUAAGUAGAAUUUCAUCACCGAAGCUGAGUGUAUGCCCUUUGUUUUAAGAGAGGGAAAGGUGGUCACACCUGGCAUCACGGGGUGCUUCUCAGACCUUGCUGUGCCCUUGUGUGAGCGUGAACCCCGGAGCCCCGCCAGCCUGGCAGGCCAGAAGCACAGUCUAAUACAGUGGAGCCCUCGAGUGCUUUAUCUGAAACGUUAUAUUGUAGCAAGAACAUAAUGGGGUCAGGACACCCUUGUCAAUAGAAAUGAGGGCGACAGACCCAGCUGUUCACCGAAUACAGAGCACGGUCAGCUGAAAGAUGACAUAGGGUCAGACUUGACCCGAGCUGACAAGGUACCAUGUUUUUUCUCAGAAACUGUGUAUGGUUACUGAGUAGGUGGUACAUGCCCACUGUACACAGUCCAGAGGCCCCAGGGCCUCGAGUGCAGAGUCAGUGCCUGCAGCCCCCAGGAGCCUCCCGGCCACAGCCUCGUGCCAGCCCCGCGCGUCCCCCCGGGGUGCUCCCUGCCACGCUGCACGCCGUGUUCUGAAACGGGUGUUUAUUCGGGAGCAUACACUGCAGUGCUGCGUGAGCCACGGUUGGGUGAACCUGCAGAUGCAGAACAGCUGUGGAGGAACUGCUGCAUAAGGGGCAGCCUGUAACCUCUAUGCAGACCGCCAACCGUGUGCAGGGGCGGCGUUGUUCAAAGGUCGACUGUACUUUGAUUUGAAGUUGAGGAGGAGCUUGUCUGUUGAUUUCUCAACUUGUUUUUCCUACGUAAACUUCAAAAAAGGUCCAAAAAUUAGUUUUUUCUGCUGUACUAUGCAUUAGGCACCUCUGUUUCCUGUGUGUUAUAUUUGUCAGACUUCCUAAGUGUCCAUAUAAGAUUUAAUGAGGUGCCUGUGAUUCUUCCAUAGAAAUAGCGCCCUCAGUCCCUCAGCCAAGACAUCACUGAUGCUUUUGUCCUCGUGGCUCCUGUUUCGUCUAUUUGGGGGCUUGCGCAGUGGCCGCCCCGUCAGCUGGGGGGGUCCCCCAGGGAGGAGGUGGCCCACGGUCAUUGAGCGCCGCAGCCUCUCAUAGCCCCUGGGUUGCUGUCGCGUGGCUGGCGAGGUCGGGCUCUGGGUCUCGGGUGCGGGCGGGGUGAGCCCCGCGUCCUGCGUUAGGCGCACAUCUGGGUGUACCCCUUCACCUUGACCGCAGGGGGCUUCGUGUGCACGGCCAGGCCUGCGGCGUCCUCCAGCCCAGCUCACGGUGCCCCCCGCCAGGGAGGACCGCGAGGUGGUUAGAGGACCUGGGGAGGGAUGGUGCCGGGCAGGGCCAGGGGCUGUUCCGGUGCCUGACCAUCAUCAAGGAACAGAAAGGAAAGGAACAGGGUGCGUGCUGCUGGUGCACAACUCCUGUCCCGGCUGAUGCUUGGCGAAGGUGACAGCCACACAUGGGGACGUUGUCCUUGGGCCGCAGGCGGGGUCCUGGACGAGCUGACCCCCAGCCCGUUCCCCAGCUGAGCCCUGCGCUGCAGUGCUGCCCGCCUCGCUCUUCAUGCUGGGGAGGGACCUGGGCUGGACUCUCUUCGGGGACUCCCUCGUCACGCACGCCCCUCUUUCUGUCAGUAAGCUUACCCUUAGCGGCUGGAGAGCUGGGGAGAAGACUCCUGUUUGCUGAAAGGUAAAAGAGGGAUGUUUGAACAGGUGUUGUAGGGAAACCAACCAGUAUCCAAAGGAGCUACAGUUAGACUGCUUGCUGUUUCUGAACGUUGUUUCUUGCCUGGGCUGGGAGACGUGUCCCCAGACAGCGGUAGGCCGGUUUGGAGUCCACUCUCCCAUUAAGAACUGUAGGAAAUGUAAAAAUAAAGCCAAAGAGUACACGUGAAUUGACAGGAUUCUAGAAGAUUCUCUGCAGUAAAGACGAAGGACCAGGAGAGUGUUUGGGGAAGCUGAGGCCUUACAGCAUGUUCCAAGGUGAGAAGACCAGCUUACUUAGGCAGUCUCGCCAGCGUAGCAUCUACACUGAUUCUCCUGGACGCUUGGGAUGACGUACGUGCAAACCCACGCAAUGCCCGGUGCUCCCUCUGUCGAGAGUUCGCUGCGCCCGUGGCGGGGUUGGUGUUUGGUUCCCGCUGCUCCGGGCCGGUGGGCAUAAAGCCUGUCCUUUCUCUUCCCAGAGUUCGAGGUGAACAUCGUUGUGCUGCUUCACCCUGAGCACCUCAUCACAGAGAACUUCCCGCUGAAGCUCUGCAGGAUGUAGGCGGGAACAGGGGGAGAUGCAGCCGUGCCGACCUACGGGAGCCGAAGCCGGCGGCAGCAAACUCGCUCUCUUGAUGGUUCUGUAUCAGAAAUGAGUCUGACCCUUCUUCCUCAUUCCCUCGAGGCCCCUGUAGUCAGAGCUUCCCUUUGAAAUUCAUCAGGAUUUCUUCAUGGCGCUGGCAAGAUCGUUUCCCAGAGAGUAAAUUUCCUGUGACUCCUGACCAACCUCCUCCUUCUUAGGUUCAGAGCACAGUUGUAACGGAGUCUGAGCUUUGCUGGAAAGUGAGGUCAGGGACAAAGGAAACCUCCCGUCUGGCCGACGGUUGUGGCCAGGGCUCCCGACGGCUCCCCGACCCCGCAGGGUGGCGACAGGCGUGCUGGUUGCUCAUGACGUUGGCAGACGCCCGCCAAGGAGGGUGCUGCGGCGCCGCUGCAGAUGCGCAGCGUGUUUCCCACUCUCUUGUCUUUUAUAACAUUUGUCGUGAUAACUUCAGAACUUCUGGGGACCUGGGGAAAGUAUGCUUCGCCCUCCCGGGAGUGAGGGGAUCUGGUGACCACGGCUGGUGCUGGAGUAGUUCUGAGUCUCAGGACCUGGUGUGAAGUUGCCUACUGCUGUCUUCCCAGAGUCCAUUUAAGUGCUAGGUUCUGUCAGGGAUAAAAACACGUGUCCACGCCCGUCGUUGUUGGCUGGGUUCUGAGUGGCAGGGGACCCGGGCCCAGGCCAGCAGUGAAGAGCCCUCUGUGCUGGGCGGGACCUGGACCUGAUGAACUUGGCCCACCUCCAUCCCACCUGAGGGACCUGCGUUGGCGGGGUCGGGGGAGGUAGUCUGGCCUGAAGCCAUUUUCUCCCUCGCCUCCUGUUGGGAUUUGCAGUGUACGGUGGGUCUGUUACAACACAUUUCUUCCUUCACAUCCUGCUGUUUCUCUGGGUCCACAGUUAACCUCAGAAGUAAGCCGCGCGCUGUGCACACUGCCUGGCCUUCCUCUCCUGAGGGAAUAAUCAUCACCUGAAGAGCUGCCAGCAGCCCGGCCGCCUUUAUCAUUUUAUUCAACCUCGAGGGGCCCGAGCGAGGGCCAUUUCCUUGCGCUUCUUGGACGGGCACCUCCACCAUAAGUUAUUAAGGAAAACUCGGACGUUUGGGUAUCUUGGGCAGCAGCAGUCCCACUACUGCCCUGGCUGGAGCCGGGGGUGUCCGUUGUCAGGUUCUCCUAUUACAGCAGGAGGAAGGGGAGGUGAAGGAAAGAGGCCAUGAACCUAAAACAGUACAUUUUUUGGGGAAAUGCCCGGUUAGGCAGGAGCACCUUCUGGCUCUUGGAGCUCCAGCAGAAAUGGGGCCUUGCUCUGGUUCUCAGCUGCACCGUGAGUUCCACAGGAAAGGUGGAGACGUCAAUCAGAAAUAAAACGUUUAAAAAAGAAGCCAAAAUACUGUGCCUGUCUUCACCCAGAGCUCAUGUCCGGAGCCUACCUGCUCCGGUAGCUGGGGGGAGGUGGGUCCCUGGUGUCAUUUCUGCCUUCUUGAGGCUCAUAAUUCCGGAGCCUGAGUCUGAAUAACCUUUAAGACCUUUGGGGUAAGAUUACCCCCCACAUACUGGCGGCACUUUGGGCUAUGGCAGAUCACCAGUGUUCUCCACAGCCCCUCUCUGAUUCCCUUCCGAGUUCAGAAAUAGGGUUGCAUUUCCGUGGAGCCGUGCCCACCUGACUGGGGACCGACUUCCAACUCCUUUGCAGCAGGGUGUGGUUGUGAUAGGGAGGAUGUGGGCCCCUUCCCGUGGCUGGAUGGGAACAGGCCUACUCCCCACCUAGACCAUGCUGAGCACAAGGAAUGUGUGAGCCGAACAGCUAGCCUCUCACCUGUGUCGCGGUCACCGGAGAGGGAAAGGAAUGGGUCAUCUUCAGAGCAUGGGAUUGCCGGGUGUCUGGGCUGCAGCAGCCCUGCCCUGUCCUGCCCUGGAGCUUGUGACGUAGGGCCCAAUCCCACCCAUGCCUCUCGUACAGCCCGAGGUCCACAUGCACGUAGUAUGAAGAAAUACUCCUUUAUCUUCAUGCCCACCCUCUGCAUCAAGAUUCUUAAGGGUCCAGAACCUUGCCCGAGCCCAGCUGGUCAAACACCAGGGCGGGUGUAGACCAGCACUCCCCGGAGCUGUUGCUGACCUCAUCCAGCCACCCCAGGACACAGCUGACCCAGCCCUACCCAGUAAAACCUCCCUGACCAGAGUGGAAGGAAAACAGGCUGGUUUUCACUGUCACUAACUGUUCUAGAGAUCUAAGAGAUUUGGUUAGGUUUUCCUGGGAGAAGUGUCAAUACCAAGAUAAAUUCUGUGAUGACAGCUGUGACGCAGCCCUUUCAUCCUGUGUUCUGGGAGGAGAGCUGCUGCGGGCUGGUGAGUAUGGUGCUACUCUUGUCUGGUGCUGGUUCCCACACAUCCUUGAAACCUGCAGGAACUGCUUUCUCAAGGGAGGCCGCCCUCCCCGAGGGCUGGGCCGCUCCCACUCAGGGGCCUCCACGCAGAUGGUUUCGGUUGCUGGAGUGUUGAUAGAUACCGACCAUGUCUGUGCAUCUAAUGAGAGCAGGAGCUCUGUGAGCAUUCAUUGUUAUUCUGGAUCAGACCCUGUGCUGAGUGCCAUGCAUGUAUUAUCUUAAUUGUGUAGCAACACUAUGAGGAGGGAACUCUUAUCCCCAUUUAAAGUUGAGGGGAUUGCGGCUGAUGGAAAGACAUACAUCAUUUGUGCCUGCUUCUUCAGGACUCAUCAGAUUUGGGGGAGCAUCUGCUUGUUGAAGACUAAGGGUUGACAUAACACUAGAAUGUUUGGUUGCUUGUCAUCUGGAUCAGCUGUCCUUUCUCCAGGAGAGGCCUGUUUGAUUCCCUUGACAAAGUCCAGUAGUGGCAGGAGGCUCUGUGAAGGUCCAUGAAGAAGCAGCUCCAGAGAAAAGGAUUUCUGAGAGAUGGGGUUUGUUCAGCAAGGGCCCCACGACAGGGGAUGUGAUCACUGCCUCCCAUCUCGAUCAAGGAUUAGAGUUUUAAGACCACAACCUCUGGGUCUUAUGUGACAGAAGUGGGAGGAGCUUUUUCUGUCUUCAGAUGAGCAGCCACCUGGGGGAGGCUGGGCCAGCAACCCAGACCUACUGCUGCUGGAUACACCAAGAAAGGGGUGUGCUCAGACUUAGCUGUGGAAAAGUGGUAGAAAAGAGCAGAAAAAUAAAAAUCUUAAAUACUCAUUUUUGUUUUAAAAUAGCUUCAACAUCAGUAUAUAUUAAGAAAACUCAAAUUCAAAACCCAGUACAGUAAAAGAGCAGACAAGUUUAAGAAUUGAGUAUUUACUUCCUAAAAUGUUCACCACCAUGUUCCUUUAUAUUUUACAGAAAAUACAUACUUUUCAAUCCAUGGAAAAAUUGCAAAAAUCAAUGAAAGAAAAAAACUCAGUAAAAUGUUAACAUGUAGAAAUUGCCCAAGCCACAUACUCUAUCAUAAUGCAAUAAAAUUAGAAAUUGAUACUAAAAGGAAAAUCAAAUUCAGUAUAACCACUUGUAAAUUUUAUUACAUUCUUCAAAGAGGAAACUAAAACUUCAUUUAUGGACCCUUUUAGAUUUAAUGAAAAUGAGUAUACUGUUUAGCAAGAGCUUUGCACUAUGGCCAGUGCUGCAGUCAGAGGAAAAUUCAUAGCCUUAAAUGUUUUUAUUAUACCAGAGAGAAUGAAGACUAAUGAGUUAGGCAUUCAAAUUAAAACUCUAGAUAAGCAAAAUAAAUAGGAAAUAAACAUGAUAAAAGCAGGAACCAAUUAAUAUUGAUAUGAAAUUUAAAACACUGGAAAUUUAUAAAUAAGUCCACAAAUUUAUACUUUGAAAAGCCUAAUUCAACCGGCUGAUCUUUAAUAGAACAAAAUGAAGUGAAGGGAGAAAAAUACGUAACACUAGGAACAAUUUCAUAUUAAAAGGAACCUGAUAAGAAUUAUAAUAUUACAGUAUGUGCAUUUCCUGCUAAUAAAUUUGCAAAUGUCGAUAAAAUGCAGAGUGACUCCAGAAAAGAUGGGGUACCAGAAUAAAAUGAUAGCCUAUGGAAGAAAUUGAAAAAACUGCCAAAGAAGUAUCACUGAAAAGGUGCCAGGCCCCAGAUGGUUUUACAGCAGGUUUCUAUCAAAGCUUUAAAGAUUAGAUAGUUCCUCUGUUAUUUAACCUUUUGCAGGAUAUAGAGAAGGAUGAAAAACCUUCUAAUUUAUUUUAUGAAACCAGCAUAGCCCUAAUAUAAAAAUACGACAUUAUCAGUUAGGAUUAGGUUUAGUGAGUGAGUAAGGGAGACCCAAAGUGAAGAGUGGCUUAAACAGGACUCGUAUAAAUGUCCACAGGUAGGUAGUCCAGAGCUGGCGUAGCAGCUCAGAGCCAAGAUGUUCUUAGAGAUCCAGGCUACUUCCAGCUCACUGUGAUGCCUUUUCUAGGGUGUGACCCUUGUCUUCAUGUUCUAAGAUAGUAGCAGCCAGCUCCAGCCAUCACAUCCGCAUUCCAGGCAUCAGAAUGGGAGAAAGGAUGAAGGUGGAAAAAGGUCAAAGGUCAAGUAUCAACUCUAUUGAGGAUCAUCUUGAUGGAUGCCAUAAGGUAUAUAUUAUUUUAACCUUUUAUUUUGGAAAUUUCAAACGUUUAGAAAAGCACAGAGUCGUAUAGAUUAUGUCAUACCCAAAAGAUGUCUUUGUUAACAUCUUUAUUGAAAUAUAAUUCAUGGACCAUAAAAUUUACCCAUGUAAAGUACGCAAUUUGAUAGUUUUAGUAUACUCAUAGAGAUGUGGAACCAUCACCAAAAUCUAAGUUUAGAUUAUUUUCUUCACUAAAAAGAAAGCCUGAAGCCAUUAGUAGUCAGUCCCUUCCUCUUCAGCCCCAAGCAACCACUAAUUUACUUUCUGUCUCCAUAGGUUUGUGUAUUCUGGGUAUUUCAUGUGAAUGGAAUCAUAUAUUGUGUGGUCUUUUGUGACUGGCUUCUCUCACUUAGCAUAAUGUAUUUAAGGUUCAUUUGCAUUGUAACGUUUGUCACUACCUCAUAACUGCUUUAUUUGGGGGGGGGAGGGGUAGCAUAUUUUAAGAUUUAUUCAGUCCCAUAGUUACUUUCCAAAGCUGUCCAAGAAAACUAAAAAGAAGCAGUUGGGAAGGGAAAUGAUGAGAUGUUUGAAGUGUGAGUCAGUCUAAUCUCAGUAUAUCCAUCCCAGCUUAGUUCUAACUCAUUUGAAGAUAACUGUAGUUUUUCCCUGGAUUAAAAUGGCAAUUCACAAAGUAAGAAUCAGUCAAGCUGUUUCCCAGUGAAUGACACUGAGCUUCACCAAAAAACUACCCUCAAGGAGCAAAAAGGUACAAAGUAAGGAAUCAUUAAACUGACAUUCCUGAAAUGGGGAAUUCCUUUUUAGGGUGAGCCAUCCAUCACUCAUUGCAUUUGAGGCAGCUACUGACAAAUCCUCAACAAACCUAGAAAUGAACUACUUAGUUCCCACAACCAAGCAAAGGACAUGUGCACACUUUCUGCCUGUCUGUGCACCACCUACAAAUGCACUACCACGUGACAAUGUGGGUUUUACAGUAUUUUUCCACAGCAGGACAGUAAGUCUUUCCACAAAGUCUAGAGCAGGGCUUUGGUUUUGGUUCUUUCUGGUACCUUAACAUUGAUACCUGUUGGGACAUUCUGAAUAAGAGGUUAGUAUCAGUGCUUUGCCAUGUCACCAUGAACCCGGGUUCAGCCAUCGUCGUUCUGGUUCUGAACUGCAUAGAGCUGUCAUUCCAGGGGUCUCUUAGAGUCCAGUCUCUUGCCCUCUUUGGCUCUCUGAGUCUCUCUCUCCCAUCUACUUCUGCCUCUUCUGACAUCUUGGCAUGCUGGUUGUCAAGUGCAGCGCCGCCUCUUAGUCUCCUCCUAUCAGCCGCCUCGUGCUCCUUCUGUCUUGGCCUUUCCCUCCCCCUCCCUCAUAAGUAUUUUGGUUUUGUUUUUUUUUACAUUUUUAGAUGUAUUUUUAAAAUUAAUUUAUUCUAACAGUCAUUAAUUCCACAAUUAUUUAUUAAAUAGUUUAAUAUGUGGGGCAUUGUACUAAGAACUAGGGCACUGGGAUACUUAUUUCUUGUGUAACCCUAAGCAAGAUAACUGAAUUCCAUAAGCCACAGUUUUCUCAUUUGUAAAAUGGGACCAAUGAUACUUAUUCAUAAGAACAUCAUGAGAAUUAAAUGCAGUAAUAUAUGUAUAUAUGUAUAUUACUGCAUUUUAUUUAUAUAGUGUUUGAAUAUAUACAUAGGAAUACAUAAAGUACUUGAAUUAAAAAAACUGUAGAGUCUUAAGUUGUCACUCAAUAGGUUAUUAGUUCACAAAAAUUUUAUUGAAGUAUAGUUGAUGUACCACAUUAUAUAAGUUACAGGUGUAUAAUAUAGUGACUCACAAUUUUUAAAGGUUAUAUUCCAUUUAUAAUUAUUAUAAAAUAUUGGCUAUAUUCCCUGUGUUGUACAAUAUAUCCUUGUAGCUUAUUUUAUACCUAAUAGUUUAGAUGUAUUUUUAAUUAGUGGGUAACGACCACCUUUUACGAGAGGAUUCCAAAUGGUUAGUUCACACAUGCAUUUUCUUUAUAGAGUAAAAAGCUGGAGAUAAGGGUUUGUGAUCUACAAACAGAACACUCUUAACUUAAAAAAAACUUCAUGCAGUUUCUUUCAGAUACCAGAGCCAGAUGUUUUUGUUUGGACUAUCAAAUGGAAAUGAACUGCCUGCAUUCCUGGGCAUGCAGACCUAAAUCCAUUCUAGAAUAUGGAUAUAAAUAUAUUCCGUGGCAGCUUUUAUUUAUAUUUGAAUAGACUACAUGGAAGUUAGAAAAAUCUUCUACCACAAUAAGUAAAAUAACUUUAUUGAGUACUUAUUAUGUGCCAGGUGUCUUACGCUAUAAACUUUACAUAGCUUAUUUCAUGUUCUCAUUAUCAGAAGCUUGUAAAGUAGAUAUUAUUUUUUCAAUAGUCAUUUUAUUUUUAUUUUAUAAGUUGGCUGAUUUUAUUGAGGUAUAGUUGAUUUACAAUAUUAUAUAGGUUUAAGGUAUACAGACAACAUAUUGAUUCACAAUUUUUAAAGGUUAUACUCCAUUUAUAGGUAUUAUAAAAUAUUGGCUAUGUUCCCUGUGCCAUAUAAUAUAUUAAGCUUUAUAUUCUAGCUUAUUUAUUUUAUGCAUAGUAGUUUGUACCUCUUAAUCCCCUGCCCCUCUUUUGCCACUCCCCAUUUCCCUCUCCCCACUGGUAACUACUAGUUUGUUCUCUAUAUCUGUGAGUCUUUUUUCUUUUUUGUUAUAUUCACUAGUUUUGCUUUUUAGAUUGUACAUAUAAGUGAUUAACAUACAGUAUUUGUGUUUCUGAACUUAUUUCACUAAGCAUAAUACCCUCUAAGUCCAUCCACGUUGUUGCAGAUGGUAACAAUUCAUUCUUUUUUAUGGCUGAAUAAUAUUCCAUUGUUCAUAUGUGUGUGUGUGUGUGUGUAUACACACACCACAUCGUCUUUAUCCAUUCAUGUAUAGAUGGGUACUUAUUUGCUUCCAUAUCUUGGCUUUUGUAAAUGCUGCAGUGAAUAUAGGGGCGUAUAUAUCUUUUUGAAUUCGUGUUUUUGUUUACUUCGGAUAAACACCCAGGAGGGAAAUUGCUGGAUUGUAUGGCAGUUCUAUUUUUAAGUUUUUGAGGAACCUCCAUUCUGUUUUCCAUAGUGGCUGCACCAAUUUACAUUCCCACCAACAGUAUACGAGGGUUCCCUUUUCUCCACAUCCUCUACAACUUUUGUUAAUUGUAGACUUUUUGAUGAUAGCCAUUCUGAUAGAUGUGAGGUGAUACCUCAUUGUUGUUUUCUCCACACCCUCACCAAUACUUGUUACUUAUUGUCUUUUUGAUAACAACCAUUCUGACAGGUGUGAGGUAAUAUCUCAUUGUAGUUUUGAUUUGCAUUUUCUCUGAUGAUUAAUGACAUUGAGCAUCUUUUCGUGUUCCUGUUGGCUGUCUGUAUGUCUUAUUUGGAAAAAAUGUCUAUUCAGGUCUUAUGUCCAUUUUUUAAAUCAGGUUUUUUGUUUUUUUCAUGUUGAGUUGUGUGAGCCAUUUAUGUAUGUUGGAUAUUAUCCCCUUAUUAGUCAUAUAAUUUGCAAAUAUAUUCUCCCAUUCAGUACAUUGUAUUUUCAUUUUAUUGGUUUCCUUGGCUGUGCAAAAGCUUUUAAGUUUAAUUAGGCCCCAUUUGUUUAUUUUUGCUGUUUUUUCUUUGCCUUAGGGGACAGAUCCAAAAAAAUAUUGCUAUGACUUAUGUCAAAGAGUGUUUGCAUAUGUUUUCUAGGAGUUUUAUGGUUUCAGAUCUUACAUUUAGGUCUUUAAUCCAUUUUGAGUUUAUUUUUGUAUGUAGUAUUAGAAAAUGUCCUCAUUUUAUUUUUUCACAUGUAACUGUCCAGUUUUCCCAGCACCACUUAUUGAAGAGAUUGUCUUUUCUCCAUUGUAUAUUCUUGCCUCCUUUGUUGUAGAUUAAUUGACCAUAAGUGGGUAGGUUUAUUUCUGGGCUUUCUAUUCCGUUUCAUUGAGCUAUGUGUCUGUUUUUGUGUCAGUACCAUACUGUUUUUGAAUACUGUAGCUUUGUAGUAUAGUCUUAACUCAGGAAGCAUGAUUCUUCUGUUCUUCUUUCUCAAGAUUGUUUUGGCUAUUCAGGAUCUUUUGUGUUUCCAUAAAAUUUUAAAAUUUAUUUGUUCUAGUUCUGUGAAACAUGCCAUUGGUAUUUUGAUAGAGAUUACAUUGAAUCUGUAGCUUGCCUUGGGUAGUAUGAUCAUUUUAACAAUAUUAAUUCUUUGAAUCCAUGAGCAUGGUGUAUCUUUUUAUCUGUGUCAUCUUCAGUUUCUUUCAUCAAUGCCUUAUAGUUUUCUGAGUACAGGUCUUUUACUUCCUUAGGUAGGCUCAUUCCUAGGUAUUUUAUUCUUUUUAAUGUGAUUGCAAAUGGGAUUGUUUCUUUAAUUUCUCUUUCAGAUAGUUUGUUGUUAGUGUAUAGAAAUGCAACAGAUUUCUUUAUGUUAAUUUUAUAUCCUGCAACUUUACUGAAUUCAUUUGUGAGCUCUAGUAGUUUUUUGGAGGCAUCUUUAGGAUUUUCUAGGUAUAAUAUCAUGUUACCAGCAAACAGUGACAGUUUUACUUCUUCCUUUCCAGUUUGGAUUCCUUUUAUUUCUUUUUCUUUUCUGACCACUGCUGUGGCCUGUGUUGGGUGUGUGUGUGUGUUUGUGUGUAUUUAUUAACAAUUGUUAAUAAACAAUUGUUAUAUCUUCUUCUUGGAUUGAUCCCUUGAUCAUUAUGUAAUGUCCUUCUUUGUCUCUAUCCGUCUGUUUUGACUGAUAUAAUUAUUGGGACUUCCCUGGUGGCACAGUGGUUAAGAAUCCGCCUGCCAAUGCAGGGGACGUGGGUUUGAUCCCCGGUCCAGGAAGAUCCCACAUGCCAUGGAGCAACUAAGUCCAUGCACCACAACUACUGAGCCUGUGUUCUAGAGCCCACGAGCCACAACUACUGAGCCCGUGUGCCUACAGCCCGUGCUCCACGACAAGAGAAGCCAAAAAUAAAAUAAAUAAAUAAAUGUAUUUUUUUUAAAAGAAGUAUUGCUACCCCAGCUUUCUUUUGAUUUCCAUUUGCAUGGAAUACCUUUUUCUAUCCUCUUACUUUCAGUCUGUGUGUGUCUUUAGAUCUGAAAUGAGUCUCUUGUAGGCAGCAUAUAUAUGGGUGUUAUUUUUGUAUCCAUUCAGCCACUAUAUGUCUUUUGAUUGGAGAAUUUAGUCCAUUUACAUUUAAUUAUUGAUAUGUACGUUCUUAUUGCAGUUUUUUAAAAUUGUCUUGGAGUUGUUUUGUAAGCCGUUUUCCUUCUUUUGUUUUCUUCUCUUGUGAUUUGAUGACUCUCUCUAGUGUUAUGUUUGGAUUCUUUUCUCUUUUUUGUGUGCAUAUCUGUUAUUUUUGGUUUGUGGUUACCAUGAUGUUUAUAUAUAGCAAUCUAUAUAUGUAUGUGAUUGUUUUGUUGCUGAUCUCUGAAUUGCAAUGCAUUUUAACAACCCUGCAUUUGUACUCUCCUCCCCUCACAAUUACUGUUUCUGACAUCAUAUUUUACAUACAAUUAUUUUGUGUAUCCCUUAACUGCCUAUUGUGGAUAUAGAUGAUUUUAUUACAUUUGUCUUUUAACCUCCCUACUAGCUUUGUGCAUGGAUGAUUUACUACCUUUACUGCAUAUCUGCCUUUACCAAUGAGAUUUUUCCUGUUGUAAUGUUCACAUUUCUAGUUGUGACCUUUUCUUUUUUGCUUAGAGAAGUCGCUCUAACAUUUUUGUAAAGCUGGUUUGGUGGCGGUGAACUCUUUUAGCUUUUGCUUGUCUGUAAAACUUUUGAUAUCUCCAUCAAAUCUGAAUGAAAGCCUUGCUGGGUAGAGUAUUCUUGGUUGUAGAUUUUCUCCUUUUAUCAUUUUAAAUAUAUCAUGCCACUCCACUCUGGUCUGCAGAGUUUCCUUUGAAAAGUCUGCUGAUUGAUAGCCUUAUGGGAGUUCCCUUCUAUGUAACUUGUUGCUUUUCCCUUGCUGCUUUUAAUAUUCUCUCUUUAUCUUUAAUUUUUGCCAUUUUAAUUACAGUAUGUUACAGUGUGUUCCUCUUUGGAUUAAUCUUUUUGGGGCUGCUCUGCACUUCCUUGAUUGGAUGACUAUUUCCUUUUCCAGAUUAGGGAAGUUUUCAGCUAUUGUGUCUUUAAAUAUAUACUCAGUCCCUUUCUCUGUCUCUUCUUCUGGGAACCCUAUAAUGCAAGUAGUAGUAUGCUGAUGUUGUCCCAACGGUCUCUUAAACUGUCCUCAUUUCUUUUCAUUCUUUUAUUGUUUUUCUGUUCAGCAGCAUUGAUUUGCACUACUUUGUGUUCCAGUUCACUGAUCUGUUCCUUUAUAAUUUAGUCUACUGUUGAUGCCUUCUACUAUAUUAUUGAUUUCCAUUAUUGUAUUCAUCUCUGUUUUUUAUAUUUUCCAACUCUGUUAAAAACUUCUAACUUCUCACCUUGUGUAUCCAUUCUUCUCCAAAGUUCUUUAAUCAUCUUUCUGACCAUUACCCUGACCUCUUUCUUGGGUAGAUUACCUGUCUCCGCUUCACUUAGUUCUUCUGGGAUUUUAUCUUGCUUCUUUGCUUGGAAUAUGUUCCUCUGUCUCCUAAUUUUGCCUAACUUGCUGUCUUUAUUUUUAUGUAUCUGGUGAGUUGGUUAUGUUUCCCAACCUUAUAGAAGUGGCCUUUUGUAGGUGACAUCCUGUGUGUCCCAGCAGGGCACUCCCCUCUGGUCACCUGAGCUGUAUGCUCUAGGGGUGCCCCCUCUGUGGGCUGUGUGGGGCCUGUUGUGGCAGAUUGAUGACUGUGGGUCAUCUGGUAGGCUUGCUUGGCCCUCGGUCUGGUUGGCUGCAGGCCCUGUCUUGUGCAGAGGCUGCUGGCCACUGGCUGGCAGGGCAGUGUAAUAAAUCAGCUGGCUGUGGAACCCUGGGCGGCCUUGGGGCUAGAACUGGCUCACUGGUGGGCAACGUUGGGGUCCAGGAGACCCCAGGGCUGGUGCUUGCCCACUGGCAGGCAGAGCUGGUCCUAGAGUCUGGCUGCAGGACCCAGGGGUUCCAGAGCUGAUAUCGGACUGCUGGUAUGUGGGGCCAGUCCCUGAUACAGCUGGCCGCAGGAUCUGGAGUGUCCUGAAGCUCGUGUUAGCCUGCCAGUGGUGGGUCCAGGGCCCAGCCAGCCCCAGGGCUGGUGCCAGCCUGCUGGUGGGCAGGCUGGGUCUGCAGUCUGUGGGGCUGUGUUUGUCCUGGGCUGUUGUCCGCCUGCUGGUGGGUAAGGCUCAUCCCAAGGCUACAGCAGGAUCGCUGGCAGAGAGGCCAGAGAUUCCGGGGCUGGUGCCUUGGUAGGUGGAGCUGUGUCCUGGGGGGUCCCAAGUCUAGUGCCUGCACACUGGUUUAUGGGGCCAGGUUCUGCACCCCCUGGUAAGCAGGGCUAUAUGUCCAGGGGUGGCUGUGGGGUCAGGGGGACUUAGGGCAGCCUGUCUGCUGGUGGGUGGGGCUGUGUCCCCACCCAGUUAGUUGUUUGGCCUGAGGCCUCCCAGUACUGGUGCCUUCAGGCUAUUGGGUGGGGCAGGGCUGGGUCCUGAAACUAGAGGGAGGAUUCCAAAAUGAUGCUUGCCAGCAGCAGUAUCCAUGUGGCAGAAAGAGCUCCCCAAAUGGCUGCUGCCUGUGUCGGUGUCCACAGGGUGAGCUCCAGUUGCCUCCCGCCUCUCUGGGAGACUCUCUGAGAUCAGCAGGUGGGUCUGACCCAGGCUCCUUUCAAAUUACUGCUUCUGCCCUGGAUCCUGGAGUGUGAGCUUUUGUGUGUGCCCUUUAAGAGAGGAGUCUCCGUUUCCCCCAGCCCUCUGGGACUCCUGAAAGCAAGCCCCGCUGGCCUUCAAAGCCAAACGUUCUGGGGGCUCAUUUUCCCAGCAUAGGCACUGCGGAGCCCACUGUGGGGCUCAGACCCCUCCCUCCCUUAGGAGGACCUCUGCAAUUGUAAUUAUUCUCACAUUUGUGGGUCACCCACCCCAGGGUAUGGGACCUGACUGUAUUGCAACUCUGCCCCUCCCCCCCAUCUUGUUGUGGUUCCUUCUUAAUACCUUUAGUUGCAGAAGAUCUUUUCUGGUAGGUUCAGGUCUUUUUCGUCAAUGACUGUUCUGUAAAUAGUUGUAAUUUUUGUGUGCCCAUGAGAGGAGGUGAGCUCAGGGUCUUUCUACUGUACCAUCUUGGCUGAUCUCCCUAGUACCUCAUUACUGUUUAUUGCAAAAUAAUAUUCCAUUGUAUAGACAUACCACAUUGUGUUUAUUCAUUCAUCAGUUAACAGACAUUUGAACUGUUUUCACUUUUUCGCUAUUAAGAAAAAAUUCUGCUAUGAACAUUCAUGUACAAGGUUUUGUAUGGACAUAUGUUUUUAUUUCUCUUAGAUAUACAUCCAGGAAUAGAAUUGCAGGAUCAUAUGAUGGCUCUGUGUUUAACCUUUAGGGGAACUGCAAAAUGUUUUCUAAAGCAUCUGCACCAUUUUACAUUCCCACCAGUAAUGCACAAGGUUCCAGCUUCUCCACAUCCUUGUCACCACCUGUAAUUGUCCACCUUUUUUAUUAUAGUCAUCCUAGUGGGUGUGAAGUGGUAUCUUGUGAUUUUGAUUCUAAUUUUCCUAAUAACUGAUGGUAUUGAGCAUCUUUUUAUGUUUAUUGGCCAUUUGUAUUGAUAUAUCAUCUUUGGAGAAAUAUCUAUGCUGAUCUUUCGCCAAUUAUUUAAUUUGAUUAUUUGUCUUUUUACUAUUGAGCUGUGAGAGUUCUUUGUAUAUUUGGCAUAUAAGUCUCUUUUCAGAUAUAUGAUUUGCAAGUAUUUUCCCCCAUUCUGUGUGGGUUGUCUUUUCACCAUCUUGAUGGUGUAAUUUGCAGUAGAAAAAGUUUUAAGUUUUGAUGUAGACCAGUUUAUCUAUUUUUUUCUUCUGUCGCGUGAGCUUUGUUUGUUUUUGGCCACACCAUGCAGCAUGAGGGAUCUUAGUUCCCAAACCAGGGAUCGAACCCGUGCCCCCUGCAUUGGGAGCAUGGAGUCUUAACCACUGGACAGUCAGGGAAGUCCCUGUUGCUUGAGCUUUUGGUGUCCUAUCUAAGGAACCACUGCCUAAUCCAAAGGUCAUGAAUAUUUACUCCUAUGGUUUUUUUAAAAAGAGUUUUAGCUAUUAGAUUUAUGUCUAUAAUCAAUUUUGAGUUAAUUUUUUAUAUGGUGUGAAGUAGGGAAUCUAACUUCAUUCUGUUAUAUGUAGAUAUCCAGUUGUCCCAGCACCAUUUGUCAAAAAAUCUAUUUUUUUCCCCACUGAAUUGUCUUGGCAUCCUUGUCAAAAAUUGACCAUAGGGACUUCUCGGGUGGCGCAGUGGUUAUGAAUCCACCUGUCAGUGCAGGGGACUCGGGUUCAAUCCCUGGUCCGGGAAGAUCCCACAUGCUGCAAAGCAGCUAAGCCCGUGCACCACAACUACUGAGCCCACAUGCCACAACUACUGAAGCCUGCGCACCUACAGCCCGUGCUCCGCAAUGAGAAGCCACUGCAAUGAGAAGCCUGCGCGUCUCAAUGAAGAGUAGCCCCCGCUCGCCGCAGCUAGAGAAAGCCCAUGCACAGCAGCAAAGACCCAACGCAGCCACCUCUUUCCUUUAAAAAAAAAAAAAAAAAUUGACCAUAGAUGUGUUGGUUUCUGGACUCUCAAGUCUAUUCUUAUGUCAGUACCUCACUGUUUUGAUUACUGUAGCUUUAUAGUAAGUUUUGAAAUUGUCAAGUGUGAGUCCUAUAACUUUUAUCUUCAUUUUCAAAAUUCUUUUGGUUACUCUAGGUCCUUUGCAUUUCCAUAUGAAUUUUAGGACCAGCUUGUCAACUUCUGCCAACAAAGGUAGCUUGUAUUUUGAUAGGGAUUACAAAGAAUCAAUUUUGGGGGUAUUAUCGUCUUUAUAAUAUUAUGUCUUCCAGUUCAUGAACAUGAGAAGUCUUUUGAUUUAUUUACACCCUGUUUAACUUCUUUCAACAAUGUUUAUUGUUUUCAAUGUACAAUUCUAAUACUUUUGUUAAAUUUAUAAGUAUCUUAUUCUUUUUGAUGCUGUUGUAAAUGGAAUUGUUUUCUUAACCUAAUUUCAGGUUCUUCUUUGCUAGUGUAUAGAAAUACAAUUGAUUUUUAUGUAUUGUUUUGUAUCUAGCAGUCUUGCUGACAUUUAUUACCUCUAAAAGGUUUUGGGGGUUUUGGGGGUUUUUUGUUUUGAUAGAUUCCUCAGGAUUUUCUAUAUACAAGAUCAUGUUAUCUGCAAAUAUAGUUUUAUGUUUCCCUUUCCAAUCUGAAUGUCCCAUUUCUUUUUUUACCCAAGUGCCCAGAUUAGAUCCUCUGGUUUUGAGUAGAAGUGCCAAGGUCAGACAUCCUUUUCUUUUCCUGAUCGUGGAGGAAACCUUUCAGUCCUUCACCGUUAAGUAUGAUGUUUGUAAGACGUUGGUUUUUCAUAAAUGCUCUUAUCAGGUGGAGGAAGUUCCCUGCUAUCCCCAGUUUGCUGAGUGUCUUUACCAGGAAAGGGUGUUGUAUUUUGUCAGUUGCUUUCUCUGUAUCUACUGAGCUAAUCAUGUGGUUGGUUGUUUUGACCUUUAUUCUGUUAAUAUGGUAUAUUACAUUGAUUUUCAGAUAUUAACGUGUGGUACAUAUAUACAAUGGAAUAUUACUCAGCCAUAAAAAGGAACGAAAUUGGGUCAUUUGUAGAGACCUGGAUGAAUCUAGAGACUGUCAUAGUGAAGUAAGUCAGAAAGAGAAAAACAAAUAUCGUAUAUUAACACGUAUAUGUGGAACCUAGAAAAAUGGUACAGAUGAACCAGUUUGCAGGACAGAAAUUGAGACACAGAUGUAGAGAACAAACGUAUGGACACCAAGGGGGGAAAGCAGCGGGGGGGGGGCGGGUAGUGUGAUGAAUUGGGAGAUUGGGAUUGACAUGUAUACACUAAUAUGUAUAAAGUGGAUAACUAAUAAAAACCUGCUGUAUAAAAAAAUAAAAUUAAAAAAUUAAAAAAAAAAAAAGAAACCCUUCUAAUCUGGAUUUAACUGAUUAGAUCAGGUACUUCAACUAUGAUAACCCAAGAGGGUAGUUCCAUCUGACAUAGUGAUAAUCCAAUCCAGGACCCCUUCCAUGGGUUCAUGCUAAGGGAAAAGGAUAUAGAUCCGUUUGCACAGCAUGCAGAGAUCAUGGGGACUGUGAGAGUAGGUGAGGAAAAUAAAAAUCCCUAGACUUCCCUUGCAUCUUGUCUAGAUGCAUCCUAACAAGUUUUCCACUGAAACUAAUCUGAGUUUCUGUUCCCUAUAUUAGGUAUAAACACUGCAAAAGGAGACAUAAAAUUAUCAUUAUUAGCAGAUAAUAUGAUUGAAAACCUUGAAACCCAAGAAAAUCAACUGAAUAAAAAAACUAUUAUAACUAUAAAGGCACUUCAAUAAAAUAGCCUGUUAUAUAUAUAGAUCUGUAAAAAUAGCUUUCUAAACAAUAGAUUUAAUUUUAUCAAUGUUUCCAUUCACAAUAGAAAUAAAACUAUAAAAUACAAUGAAUAAUUUUAAUAAAACUUGUUAAUAAAACAUCUGCAAGACAUUUAAGGAAAUCUAUAAAACAUUUAGAAAUACUUUUUAAAGUUGAGGAAAAUGCCAUGUUAUUAUAUAUAGACUCAAGUGUAAAGAUAUCAGUUCUCAUUAAUUUUUAAAUUUUAACAUUUAACUUUGUUCCAUGCACAGCUUAAUGUAAUAUUUUCUUUAGAUCUAAGGUUCACAUGGAAGAAUAAAUAUGUUACGAUAUUCAAUAACAUUUUGAAAAACAAAGUAAUACAAACCAGAUGUGAGAUAGUAUUAUAUGAAAAUUAAAAGUGUGGUAGUAGUGCCAAAAGAGACAGGUUAAUUAAAUAAAUAUAAAAUCCAUAAUUGGACCCAUGUGUAUAUGUAAGAAUUCAGCAAGGAAGAAUCCACCUGCCAAUUCAGGGGACACGGGUUCGAGCCCUGGUCCAGGAAGAUUCCGCACGCUGCGGAGCAACUAAGCCCGUGCACCACAACUACUGAAGCCCAUGUGCCUAGAGCCCGUGCUCUGCAAAAAGAGAAGCCACUGCAAUAAGAAGUCCAUGCACCGCAAUGAAGAGUAGCCCCUGCUCACCACCGCUAGAGGAAUCCUGCGUGCAACAACGAAGACCCAACACAGCCAAAGAUAAUUAAUUUAAAAAAAUUAUAUUACCAAUAAGCACCUCAAAAGGAAGUAAAUACCAAAGGUAUAAAGAUAUGAAAGUAAAUAAUGACAGACAUCAUAAUACCACAAGAAGAUAUAGAUAAUAUGUAACUGUUGGACGGUGAAACUUUUAAAACAUGACACUGACAAAAAUCAUGAAGAAAAUAUUGAUGGAAAAAGUAAAAACCUUCAAUACAUUACAUUUUUCUAUAAGUUAAAAGAGAAAAAAGACCAGUUAGGAAAAAUUCACAUAAUGACAUGAAGUGUACAUAUAAGAGCACUCACACAGGUCAGUAAGAAAAAUAACAUUUCAGAAGAAAAAUAGGUCAAAAUAUGAAUAGACAAUUCAGAAAAGAAAGAAAAAAUCAGGGACUUCCCUGGCCUGCCAAUGCAGAGGACACAGGUUCAAUCCCUGGUCCAGGAAAAUCCCACAUGCCGCGAAGCAACUAAGCCUGUGCACCACAACUACUGAGCCUGCGCUCUAGAGCCCACAAGCCACAGCUACUGAACCCGUGUGCCACAAUUACCGAAGCCCACAUAGCUAGAGGCCGUGCUCCACAACAAGAGAAGCCAAUGCAAUGAGAAGCCCAUGCACCGCAACAAAGAGUAGCUGCCGCUCACUGCAACUAGAGAAAGCCCGUGUGCAGCAACAAAGAUCCAAUGUGGCCAGAGAUAAAUAAAUGAAUAAAUUUAUUAGAAGAAAGAAAAAAUCAUGUGGCCAAUAAACUCAUGAAAAAAAGGUCAGCCUCAUUAACUUCUUCAUGUAUGCAAACAUUUAAGCAAUACUACUUAUCAGCCACUGUUCUGGAAUACCUAGUGAUAGGGGUAAAAAGCAUGAUUUCUGUGGGAAUAAAAUUAUGUAAGUUCUUUCCUUGAUUCAGAAAUGUAUGAAAUCAGAAAUGUGGGAAUAAUUUUUAAAAAAAGAAUAACUAAUGCCAGUCACAUGACCUAUAAUCCUUUUCCCAUUCAAGCUCUAUGUUACACAUUUCUGUUCUUUCCUCCCAGUAGAAACUAAGAAUACAAAGUAUUUAUAACUCAGGGAAGUAAACAAAGAACCUAUUGCCAAUGAAUCAGAUUGAAACAAGCUGGAACACUAAGUAAAACUUAAAACAUGGUUCUGCUCCAUGAUAAUCAAAUUCUCUGUGGUGUCACUCUUUGCUAAUAACUAUUACACAUCAAUUAAUUUAUAAAUUAAUUAGACAAAAGAUAAGUACUGUCUUCCUGCCAAACUUAAUCUGAACAAUCUUUAAACACCUUCCAACGUAUUCUUUAACUUCUAGGUUUAAACAAAUUGCUUGAUAAAGUGAGAUAUGCUGUCUUUUUCAAAUUUUAAAUUAAAAAAAGUUAAAUAAAAUAGUGUUCAUUAACUGUGCUUUUUAUUUUUACCUAAAUUAUAAAUAAAACCACAUCUUUUCUCUUGCUUUCUUUCUUGUUAAAAUGGCAAUACUACCCAAAGCAAUCUACAGAUUAAAUACUAUCCCUAUGAAAAUACUCAUGAUAUUUUUCACAGAACUAGAACAAAUAAUCCAAAAAUUUAUAUGGAACCAUCAAAGACCCAGAAUUGCCAAAGCAAUCUUGAGGAAAAAAAAGCAGGAGGCAUAACUCUCCCAGACUUCAGACAAUACUGCAAAGCUACAGUAAUCAAAACAGUGUGGUAUUGGUUUAAAAAAUUAAAAAAGACAUAUGGGUCAACGGAACAGAAUAGAGAGCCCAGAAAUUAACCCACAUGCCUAUGGUCAAUUAAUCUUCAACAAAGGAGGCAAGAAUAUAAAAUGGGAAAAAGUCUCUUUAGCAAGUGGUGCUGGGAAAGUUGGACAGCUGCAUGUAAAUCAAUGAAAUUAGAACACACCUUCAUACCAUGCACAAAAAUAAACUCAAAAUGGCUUAAAGACAAACAAGACAUGACACCAUAAAACUCCUAGAAGAGGGCCUAGGCAAAACAUUCUCUGGCAUAAAUCAUGCCAAUUUUUUUUUUUUUUUUUUUUUUUGCGGUAUGCAGGCCUCUCACUGUUGUGGCCUCUCCCGCUGCGGAGCACAGGCUCCAGACGCGCAGGCCCAGCGGCCACGGAUCACGGGCCCAGCCGCUCCACUGCACGUGGGAUCUUCCUGGACCGGGACACGAACCCGCAUCCCCUGCGUCGGCAGGCAGACUCUCAACCACUGUGUCACCAGGGAAGCCUGCUGAUGUUUUCUUAGGUCAAUCUCCCAAAGCAAUAGAAAUAAAAACAAAAAUAAAUUUACAAGCUUUUGCACAGCAAAGGAAACCAUAAAAAAAAAAUGAAAUGACAACCUACAGAAUGGGAGAAAAUAUUUGCAAAUGAUUCUGCAGACAAGGGCUUACUCUCCAAAAUAUACAAACAGCUUAUACAACUCAACAAGAAAAAAACCAAACAACCUAAUCGAAAAAUGGACAGAAGACCUUAAUAGACAUUUCUCCAAAGAAGACAUACAGAUGGCCAGUAGGUACAUGAAAAGAUGCUCAACAUCACUAAUUAUUAGAGAAAUGAAAAUCAAACUACAAUGAGAUACCAACUCACACCAGUCAGAAUGGCCAUUAUUAAAAAGUUUACAAACAAGUGCUAGAGAGGGUGUGGAGAAAAGGGAACCCUCCUACCCUGGUGGUGGGGAUGUAAGUUGGUGCAGCCACUGUGGAAAACAGUGUGGAUGUUCCUCAGAAAACUAAAAAUAGAGCUACCAUAUGAUCCAGCAAUCCCACUCCUGGAUAUAUACCCAGACAAAACUAUAAUUCAAAAAGGUACAUGCACCCCUAUGUUCAUAGCAACAAUAUUCACAAUAGCCAAAACAUGGAAACAACCUAAAUGUCCAUUGACAGAUAAAUGGAUAAAGAAGAUGUGGUACAUAUAUACAAUGGAAUACUACUCAGCCAUAAAAAAGAACAAAAUAAUGCCAUUUGCAGGAACAUCGAUGCAACUAGAGAUUAUCAUACUAAGUGAAGCAAGUCAGAAAGAGAAAGACAAAUACCAUAUGGUAUUACUUACAUGGCACAAAUGAACCUAUCUACAAAACAGAAACAGACUCAUAUAGAGAACAGACUUGUGGUUGCCAAGGGGGAGGGGGUCAGGGAAGAAAGGACUGGGAGUUUGGGAUCAGCAGAUGUAAACUAUUAUAUACAGGAUGGAUAAACAACAAGGUCCUACUGUAUAGCACAGGGAACUAUAUUCAAUAUCCUGUGAUAAACCAUAAUGGAAAAGAAUAUUUAAAAAAAGAAUAUAUGUGUAUAACUGAGUCACUUUGCUGUACAGCAGGUUGGCAUAAUAUUUUAAAUCAAUUAUACUUCGAUUAAAAAAUUAAAUUAAAAUAAAAAGAAAUGAAAGGGGAGAAAAUAACAGCCGAUACCACAGAGAUACAAAAAUAUCCUAAGAGAAUACUAUGAACAGUUAUAUGCCAACUAAUUUGACAACCUAGAAGAAAUGGACACAUUUCUAGAAACAUACAGCCUGGCAAGAUUGAGUCAAGAAGAAACAGACAAUUUGUACAGAUCGAUAACUAGAAGUGAAAUGUAAUUUAAAAAUUCCCGGCAAACAAAAAUCCAGGACUGGAUGGCUUCAUGGGGGAAUUCUACCAAACAUAUAAAGAAGGUGGUAUACUUCUCAAACUAUUUUUAAAAAUUGAAGAGGAGGGAAUACUCCCAUAUUCAUUCUACAAGCCACCAUUACCUUGAUACCAAAACCAGACAAAGACACUACCAAAAAAAAAAAAAUUACAGGUCAAUAUGUUUAAUGAAUAUAGAUGCAAAAAUCAACAAAAUAUUAGCAAGCUGAAUCCAACAAUACAUAAAAAGGAUCAUACACCAUGAUCAAGUUGGAUGUAUUCCAGGAUCACAAGGAUGGUUCAACAUACACAAGUCAAUCAGUGUGACACACCACAUUAACAAAAGACAAAAGCCACAUGAUCAUCUCAAUAGAUGUGGAAAAAACAUUUGACUAAAUUCAAUACCCAUUCAUUAUAAAAACUCACAUCAAAGUGAGUAUAGAGGGAACAUGUCUCAAUAUAAUAAAGAACAUUUAUGACAAACCCAUUGAGCCAAUGUAAUACACAAUGGUGAAAAGCUGUUAAGACUUCCUGCUAAAUUCAGGAAUAAGACAAGGAUGCCCACUCUCACCACUUCUAUUUAAGAUAGUAUUGGAAGUCCUAGCCACAGCAAUCAGACAAGAAAAAGAAAUAAAAGGUAUCCAAAUUGGAAGGGAAGAGGUAAAACUAUCACUACUUGCAGAUGACAUGACACUUUACAUAGAGAACCCUAAAGUCUCCACCCCAAAACUAUUAGUACUAAUAAAUUAAUUCAGCAAGUUUGCAGGAUACAAGAUUAAUAUACAGAGAUCUAUUUCAUUUCUUUAAUACUGAAAUAUCAGAAAGAAAAACUAAAAACAAAAAUCCCAUUUAAAAUCACAUUAAAAAAAAAAACCUAGGAAUAAACUUAACCAAGGAGGUGAAAUACCUAUACUCUGAAAACUAUAAAAUACUGAUGAAGAAAAC